UGGUGCGUAAACAAGAUUAACUCUCUAGCCCCCAGCAGUGCUGAUUUGCGGGGCAGUCUGCCAGUCCAGUCACUGCGAGCCCUCGCGUGCGUGCAGGGCCCUGCGUGGGAAGCGGGGGAUGGGGCAGACUGCUGCCUCCAUGCUGUCUCUUGGGCCGGCUUCUUGUCUGAGUGUAGUGGAGGGCCAGAGUCUCGCCAGCUGCUUCUCAAAAUCUGGGGUGGACAGAGGCGACCGCUCCUAGCUGUGGCCUGCACCCAUCAGCACUCUCUUCCUCCCUGCCUGUCCCCUCCGCACAAAGCGCCGCAGCAGCUCUCUCCAGCCUUCACUGUCCACUACUCCGGUCUCGGUUGCCAGCUAUGGGGGACCUACCCGGACUCGUGCGCCUUUCCAUCGCGCUGCGCAUCCAGCCCAAUGACGGCCCUGUUUUCUUCAAGGUGGACGGGCAGCGCUUUGGCCAGAACCGCACAAUCAAGCUGCUCACCGGCUCCUCCUACAAGGUGGAGGUGAAGAUUAAGCCCACAACACUGCAGGUCGAGAACAUUUCCAUUGGUGGUGUCCUUGUCCCACUGGAGCUGAAGGGUAAAGAGCCUGACGGGGAAAGAGUUGUCUACACCGGCAUCUAUGACACAGAAGGUGUAGCCCCAACCAAAAGUGGAGAGCGACAACCCAUCCAGAUCACCAUGCCUUUCACAGACAUUGGGACCUUCGAGACAGUGUGGCAAGUCAAAUUCUACAAUUACCACAAGCGAGACCACUGCCAGUGGGGAAGCCCUUUCUCUGUCAUUGAGUAUGAAUGCAAGCCCAAUGAGACCCGCAGCCUCAUGUGGGUGAAUAAGGAGUCCUUCCUCUGAAAAUGGCUCCUUCUGAUGUUGCAAGACAAUCUCCAGAAAUUGACGUUUAGACAAACCAGCACAAGCCUUAACCAAGGCACACCACACCAUGGCUGUUUCCCAAUGACCUCCUAUCCCCAGUUACUGUGAAAGUAUGAUUCCCCUCUGAUGCAGUACCCAUGACAUCACAUGUGAUGUCACAUUCCUGAAAGUUCUCCUUCCGCUAUUGUAUGCUGGUGUUCCUGUAUCUAUCUUGUCUGCCAGUGUGACAGGAGCUCAGUGGUAGUAGCAGGUUUGUCCUACACCAGAAAGUUCCACAAAGAGACCAUGGUGUUUUGUUUUCAAGACAAAUAAUUUCUCCCUUUUGUGUUCAUUGUUAAAUUAAGAUAACAAUGUGCUGGAGUCCCUCAUGUGUGGUUUGUAACAUGUAGCAUGCAAUGUUUGUGAGCAUCCAAAGCUGACUUUGUGGAAAUGUAACAACACGAUCUGCAGUAAAUGGGACCCAAAUGUUGUGCUUCCUAUCAACAGCUCAGCUUUUUCAGAGAAAGGAAGAUAAUGAAGGAAUAAAAAGAUGAAUAUAUAAGUAAGUAUUUAUAAUGUAUUAAUAGUAUUUCAAGUAGCAAGGCAUUUUGCUGUGGUCUAGUAGAAAUAGGGAAAAGACAUUGUUGUGGAAUUGGACCUGUGGCUCAUCCCUUUGGCAAGCUACCAUAGACUUUAAACAUAGAGAUGGCAUUAAUACAUACCCUUUCACUUGAACUUUGUACAACCGUGUAUGGAAUGGUAAUCAACUUUUGAUAUUUCUUAAUAAAGACAUUGGAAAUGA